AUGGGUAUGAACAUGAACAAUGGAGCCUUGAACAUCGGCGGAAGAGUGAACCCUCCCACCUAUCAGCACCAAGAUUCAGUCCUCGCAAAUUCACUUCUCUCAUCACAACCGUAUCCAGUGGAUCCAUUUGCAGGUCAAUACCAAUAUCCACAGGAAGAGCUCAAUUAUUCGCAAGAAUAUGACGGCCGAUAUGUGCCUUUUUCGGGCGAACCUGGCCUGAGUUCUAACCCAGGCUCCAAAUAUGGAUCACCUACAAACGAAUCUCAGCUACCCAUAAGAGGAGUCGAACGUCGUCUUACAGCACUUGACGCCCCUCUCCCUGCUUCGUUCGACAGCAAUGGCAUUUCUCAUAUUGCCAGGUACGGAGCUGUGGCGGCUUCAGUCCCUUCCAAAUUUGGUAUGGAAUCUCCACCAGCAUCGCUAUCCCAGAGAAUUGCUGGCCAACCACUCGAUGCUGUGAAAGCGCUCCGCAGCAGUGCUUUUCCAUCAAAUCUUCGCAACUCGUCUCAAUUGGGCUCCUCCCCACCAGCAGUGACCACAGAAGAAACGAUCAGUCAGCGAAAGAUGCAUUCGCAGCAAAGUAUUCAACGCCCACGUCUAUUGUCUGCCAGCGUGCCCAGACCUGGAGUGAAUGACGAUUGGGACGAUGGCUUUCCCCUCGAAGAGGACUUUCUGCCAACGAACCUACACGAUGACGUCUUAACUCCUCAGGAGAAGAUGAGACGCCUGUCACGACCGGAGCAGGAAUUCUCUAAUAUCAAGAGCGCAACGCAGGGCGGCCUCGGUAUUCCUAGUGGCAACUCCAGCAAGGUCGGCUCGCCGCUCGCCUCGAGUCCCAGCAGAUUCAGCGCAUUAUUCGCGAGACAACGACAAGAAUCCUCUCAUAACAAUACUACUGGGACCGGAUUCGGACACGUGGGCUCACCACUCCGCGAAUCUCACAUCCACCACGCCUCCGGCAAUUCGCCAUUUGGUGAUGGGAUCACCGCCCGUCCUGUCUCAAGCACUCGAUCCCGGAGCGGUCGUGCAGGGGAUACGUCUCCCUUUUUCUCCAGUCCACCUCGAGACUCUACCUCGGAUUUCGGCAUGAGUCUUAUCUCUUCACAAUUGCAACGCACCCAUCUUAGCAGUACUAACCAAACCAACUCCUCCGAGAACACCACCAUAUAUUCAAGCUCACGCCUCCAGCCUCCAUCAGCUUCUACCCCAGGCAUGCGACACGUCUCUGCCCCCACAAGUACUACAAGUGGGAGCGGAGGAAUUGCAGGGCGAUUCGACCGCACAAUCUCGAGCCCGCGCAUCAACUCCACGCGAAUCAUGGAGGAGAAAGAGGGAGAAGGCGAGGGAGACAUGGUAUUUAGUAUGGAUGACGAUAAUUCGAGGAGAAGUAGCAGCCUCUGGGGGAACAAGAGUCCGGUUAUCACGCCUCUGGGUGAGGGAAAGAACGGUGCUGGUGUCGGUGGUAUUGGAGGGGUUGGAGUAAAGAAGAAGGAGGCCAGCAGCAGCUGCAGCAAGGGACUUGCAAAUGGUGGCUUGGAGAACACAUACAGCACUCGGGCAUGA